AUGGCCCAUUCUCAAUAUCCGUUUCUCCUCAAACAUCAAUUUCUCGAGUGGAUCGAUAAUUGGAGAAAUGACAGAACUUCCUUACCUCCGGAAAUGGGGUGGAAGACCUUUAUCGUGUACAUGGUUUAUGCCAUCGCCUUUCUUAUGACAAAGGCUCGAGUUAAUGGGAGAGAAAGAGCUGAGGCACUGUACUCUCUGGCAACCUCAAAAUAUCUUUCUUAUCUAGUUUCAGCACCCGAUCCCGUCAUUCGAGCACAAGGCCUCCUCCUAUUAACCAUCUACGCUCUCCACAUGCCAUUUCAAGAAAAUAUUAUUUUCCUUUCGUCCUGGACCAUGAGAUUCUGCAUCAUGUCGCAACUACACCUGGCAGAAACUGAGCCUCAGCCUACCGAUGCCGACGCCUUAUUGCAGAUCCAGCAUCGCCGGAAGAUUUUUUGGUGUGCCUACGCGAUUGAUCGAGCAGUUUGCAGCUCGUUUGAUUUUCCGACCUCGAUUCCAGACAAUCACAUAACAGUUGCUAUCUUCGAGAAUGUCGACGAUGAUCUACUCCUCGAGGUAGCCUCUUCGACACAGCCGGGUACUCCUCUGCGCGGAUACUCUGGCUACACCAAUCUGUCAACGGCUCUCCACGUCUUAGUAGGCCGCCAGCUCGAGUCUGAAAUUCAGAACACAGUGCUCGACAAGACUUAUGUGCCACACUCCGAUGUGACGUUCACAUGGCGCAUCAAACUCAUGGAGAAGCUCAAGGAAUGGAACAAAGGAUUGGAGCUGUCGUGCAAGCCCACCCAACGGGGAUAUGUGAGCCCCGGAUGGCUCACGAUGAUUUACUACUACAACAUUGUGAUGCUUUUCAGACCGACGAGGCGAACAGCCCACGGCAUCUCAGGUGAUUGGUCUGUGCAGGCUUGUUGUCACUCGUUGGUUCUGUUCCGGAGGUUCCAGAUGGCAAGAGAGAUUGCCCAGCCGUGGUUAGGGCUUCUUACGCAAUUUCAAAUCGGAGUCACCUUACUCUACUGCUUCUUUGCAACCCCACCCUCACGGUGGAAGGACUCGUACACGUCGCCCGACGUCUCUGACGCUAUCCGGGCCUGCUCUAGCACCUUGGCCAUCCUCGCAGAACGUUGGGCCGAGGCCGAAUGCAUACGAGACACGUUUGAGCUCCUGGCAGGUGAAAUACCCAUCGGUUUGACAUGGGAGAGACCCGCCAUGAUCAGCGCAGCCUCUAGGAAUGGGAUCGAAGAACAUUGGGCCGGCUUGAGCAAGGUAGUCAUCCACCAACCCACACUGAGGAUGAUUCGAGAGAUGGCGACGGAGCCUUUGGUGGCUGAUUUUGAGAUUCCUUCCGAGUUUGAACAUGAUAAUUCCGUGACUGUCGAUAUCAUGAAUUCGUUGGAAGGUGUCACGCCUCCCAUGACAGAGGAGAUGCAUCGCCAGUGGAUGGGAGAUCUUCAAGGCGGGUUAGGGGAGGGCUUCGACCCAGCACCAGAUCUGGACUUUUCAAAUAGGAUAUAUUUCAGCUUGUAG